AUGUCUUUAACCAAAGACACGCCAUCUGAGACGGUUGAGCCUGCGGCUAACACACCCAGCCAGCAUGAGCUUGGGAAUGCUUCUGACGACCAUGAGAAUCUUUGGAUCAGAUUCAUGACCUUUGUCGGAUGGUACUCCCGUGAGAUGCCAAGCUCUGAGAAAUUGGUCGUCUUGAAACUUGAUCUGAGUAUUCUUGUCUUUGGCUGCCUUUCCUUCUUUACCAAAUAUCUCGACCAACAAUCUCUCACCAAUGCUUUUGUCAUGCUAAUCUUCUUCGCCAGCGGUAUGAGAGAGGAGAUUGGCCUGUGGGGAAAUGAACUCAACUACAUCACCGCCACCUUCUGGGCCUCUUAUUGCGGUGCCAUGAUUCCAGCGUGUUACCUCAUGACCAGAUACCCAGCCAACAUUGUCCUCCCAUCGCUUGAGCUUGGAUGGGGCUUGGCAACUUUUGGACUAGCAUGGGUCAAGAAUGUUGAGGCUAUCUACGCCAUGAGAUUCUUUGUUGGCCUUUUCGAAUGUUGCUCCUUCACUGGUACCAUCUACAUCAUUGGCUCAUGGUAUAAGCCCAACGAGGUGGCCAGGAGAAUUGCCCUUUUCUUCAUUGCAAGCCCAGGCGGUACCAUGUUUGCUGGGUAUCUUCAGGCAGCUGCUUACAAAAAUCUCAACGGAGUCCAUGGUUUGUCUGGCUGGAGGUGGCUAUUCAUCAUCGAUGGAAUCAUUACUAUUGGGAUUGCCUUCAUUGGCUACAUAGUCUUCCCAGACGUUCCCUCUCGCAAGAAGCCCUUGGCGCUCUCUCAAGCUGAGCAUGCGCUCGCACAGAAACGAAUCGAAGGGUUGACUGCACCUCCACAGCUUCAGCUGUCUACAACCAUCUUCAGGCGAGUCCUCGGUCGCUGGCACUUUUACGCCUUCGUUAUCCUGUGGACCAUUCUCGACUUGAAUAUUCUGCCAGGUGGCCAGCCAUUCUCUCUGUAUCUGAGAGCCAACCCGGACCGUUACUCCAUCGUCCAAGUCAACACGUUGCCAACAGUCACUGCAGCCAUUAUGAUUGUGAGCGCACUUAUGGCUGGAGUUGCUGCAGACAAGCUGGGAAAUUUCUGGAUCCCAGCUACCAUCACGACUGUCCCUGUUCUAAUUGGAAUGAUCCUUUUGAACGUGUGGCAUGUCGGGGAGAAGGGUCGGUUGGCCGCGUUUAUGCUACAAGGUUUCAUGGCUCCAAUGUCCCCAAUGUCAAUGGGUUGGGCAACAGUCAUUAUGGCAAACGACGCUGAAGAGAGAGCUGUCGUCACAGCGAGCAUGAACGCGAUUGGUCAAGGUAUCAUGGCGGGAGCCCAGGUCGGCCUCUUCCCAGCUACAGGCGCACCGAGGUGGAUUGUUGGGUUCAAGAGUAGCCUUGGAACGACUGUCGUGCAGUUGGCUGUCAUAUACACUAUCCUUUAUCUAAGUCGGCGGGAUGCCAACCGACAAGUAGGGGCGACUGAUCUUGAGGGGGAGUUUAGUGAGACUCAAGAAGACGGAAGAGAAAAGGUACAGGCUUAA